AUGGUGUGUGAGAAGUGUGAGAAGAAGCUGACCAAGGUCGCUUGCCCUGAGAAGUGGAAGGAGGGCACAGACAAGCGCAAGGUGAACCAGAACAAGCUGCUGAACAAGGACAAGAGGUUCACCCCAUACGGCGCAAACGCAAAGUUCACCAAGAUCCUUGACACCAAGUCCUACAAGCAGAGCGCCAAGUAG